AUGCCAGAGCCAGACCAGCCGGAGGAGAUGCCGCCGCCGGCCAUCCGCCUGGGGCCUCCGCACCCGUACCUGAAGACGCACGGGGGCAAGGUCGCGAGCCUGCACCGGUUCGACUGGGCCGUGCUGCUCCUCCUCGUCGCCGCCGACGUCGGGCUCAACCUCAUCGAGCCGUUCCACCGCUUCGUCAGCGAGGACAUUGUGAGACCCAGCCCAUUGGACCAAGUUGGGCCGGACCGAAUUCUGGUUACUGUAGAGUGGGCCUGGGGUGUUACAGACAUGCUCACUGACCUCCGGUAUCCGUUGAAGAGCAACACCGUGCCCGUCUGGGCCGUGCCGAUAUACGCGGUGAUCGGCCCGAUCAUCGUCUUCGUCGGAGUGUACCUGAAGAGGAGGAACGUGUACGACAUGCACCACGCCAUUCUAGGGCUUCUGUUCUCCGUGCUCAUCACCGGCGUCCUGACCGACGCGAUCAAGGACGACGCGUUGGCCGGCCGCGCCCCCAACUUCUUCUGGCGAUGCUUCCCCGACGGAGUGCCGAAGUACGACAACAUCACAAGAGGUGUCCUAUGCGACGGCGUCGCGAGUGUGAUCAAAGAAGGGCACAAGAGCUUCCCAAGCGGCCAUUCUUCAUGGUCCUUCGCUGAUCUAGGCUUCCUGUCGUGGUACCUGGCGGGCAAGAUGAAGGCGUUCGACCGGCGCGGCCACGUGGCCAAGCUCUGCGUCGUGCUCCUGCCGCUGCUGCUGGCGGCGAUGGUGGCGGUGUCGCGGGUGGACGACUACUGGCACCACUGGCAGGACAUGUUUGGCGGUGGGAUUCUUGGGUUGGUGGUUGCGUCGUUCUGCUACCUGCAGUUUUUCCCACCGCCAUCCGGUGAACAAGGCGUGGGAAGCUGA